AACUCUGACCCCCCCCCCCGCCCCGAAAUACACAAACCCAGAAAGCUCCGUCUCCACUUUUUUAACCCUCCCCGCUUCAGCUUUUUCCAGUCUGUUUGCCUGGAGGCCCCCUACCCCAUCCCGUCCCAGCAGCCGCCGCACAGGACUGGCCGGUUUACGCCCAGCGUAGGACGCCGCUCGGCAGAGAAGCGCCGGACACUGGUAAUCAAAUCAUGGCAUCCAUAGAAGAAAUUGCACAUCAAAUUAUCGAACAACAAAUGGGAGAGAUUGUUACAGAGCAGCCUACUGGCCAGAAAAUCCAGAUUGUGACAGCACUUGAUCAUAAUACCCAAAGCAAACAGUUCAUUCUGACAAAUCACGAUGGCUCUACUCCAAACAAAGUCAUUCUGGCCAGGCAAGACUCUACUCCAGGAAAAGUUUUCUUCACGACCCCAGAUGCAGCAGGUGUCAACCAGUUAUUUUUUACAACUCCUGAUUUGUCUACACAACAGCUCCAGUUCUUAACAGAUAAUUCUUCCUCAGAACAAGGACCAAAUAAGGUUUUUGAUCUUUGCGUAGUAUGUGGAGACAAAGCAUCAGGGCGUCAUUAUGGAGCAGUAACUUGUGAAGGCUGCAAAGGAUUUUUUAAAAGAAGUAUCCGAAAAAAUUUAGUUUAUUCAUGUCGAGGAUCAAAGGACUGUAUUAUUAAUAAACACCAUCGAAAUCGCUGUCAAUACUGCAGGUUACAAAGAUGUAUUGCGUUUGGAAUGAAACAAGACUCUGUUCAGUGUGAAAGAAAACCCAUUGAAGUAUCCAGAGAAAAAUCUUCCAACUGUGCUGCUUCAACAGAAAAAAUCUACAUUCGAAAAGACCUUCGAAGCCCGUUAGCCGCAACUCCAACUUUUGUAACAGAUAGUGAAACUGCAAGGUCAGCAGGACUUUUAGAUUCAGGAAUGUUUGUGAAUAUUCAUCAAUCUGGAAUAAAAACUGAGUCAACUAUGCUGAUGACACCAGAUAAGGCUGUAUCAUGUCAGGGAGAUUUAAGUACAUUGGCCAGUGUGGUUACAUCAUUAGCAAACCUUGGAAAAACUAAAGAUCCUGCUCCAAAUAGUAAUGAAGUGUCUAUGAUUGAAAGCUUAAGCAAUGGUGAUACUUCUUAUACCUCUUUGUGUGAAUUUCAUCAAGAAAUGCAGACUAACGGUGAUGUUUCAAGGGCAUUUGACACUCUUGCAAAAGCUUUGAAUCCUGGAGAAAGCACAGCCUGUCAGAGCUCAGGAGAGGGCAUGGAAGGAAACGUACACCUAAUUGCUGGAGACUCAAGCAUAAAUUACAUCGAAAAAGAGGGGCCACUUCUCAGCGAUUCACAUGUAGCUUUCAGGCUCACCAUGCCGUCUCCUAUGCCCGAGUACCUGAAUGUGCACUACAUUGGGGAGUCUGCCUCCAGGCUGCUGUUCUUAUCAAUGCACUGGGCACUUUCAAUUCCUUCCUUCCAGGCUCUAGGGCAAGAAAACAGCAUAUCAUUGGUGAAAGCUUAUUGGAAUGAACUUUUUACUCUUGGUCUUGCCCAGUGCUGGCAAGUGAUGAAUGUCGCAACUAUAUUAGCAACAUUUGUCAACUGUCUUCACAGUAGCCUUCAACAAGAUAAAAUACCAGCAGAAAGAAGAAAAUUAUUGAUGGAACACAUCUUCAAACUACAGGAGUUUUGUAACAGCAUGGUAAAACUCUGCAUUGAUGGAUAUGAAUAUGCCUACCUGAAGGCAAUAGUACUCUUCAGUCCAGAUCAUCCAGGCCUAGAAAACAUGGAACAGAUUGAGAAAUUUCAGGAAAAGGCUUAUGUUGAAUUCCAAGAUUAUAUAACCAAAACAUAUCCAGAUGACACCUACAGGUUGUCUAGACUACUACUUCGAUUGCCAGCUUUGAGAUUGAUGAAUGCUACCAUCACCGAAGAACUGUUUUUCAAAGGUCUCAUCGGCAAUGUUCGAAUUGACAGUGUCAUCCCACAUAUUUUAAAAAUGGAACCUGCAGAUUAUAACUCACAAAUAAUUGGUCACAGCAUUUGAAGGCUGAGAUCUCAGUUUAAAGUGAUUGUUCUUUCCCAGAACACAAGAGGACACCAAAUCGAACUCACUGAUUCCAGGGCAUCUGGAAAUUUUUACUUUAAAAGAGAAACCAAAAACCAAGAUAUUUUGAUUUUACUUCCUUAAGAAGAACGUUUGAAGUGACUGAGCAGGUAGCAGGAAGUAGAAUUUCCUUUCCUGUCUUAUUUAAGUGAAUAAAAAAUACUAUCAAUUAAUUCUUGGUUAAGAUGACACCUAAAGCUGCCACCUCUUGACUAA